GUGUUUGCGAGACCGUGAACGCACCACACGCCGCAGUGGAAAACAUGGGGCGCUGAAGUUACAGAUGUGGACCGAAGUUCCGAACACGAGCGACUCUGUCCGCACCGAGAUGGUUGACCCAGAUCUGCCGGGACAGGAUUUACACGUCCAACUCAGGAAUGACUCGGCCACGUCUCUACCCUCCACCACGGAGGACUCCUCGGCUGUCGGCAACGGAAUCAUUCCCGGAACAAUUGCUGCCGCAGUCUUCAUCAUCUUCCUGUUGUCUCUCUACGCCGUCCUCUGGAGGUGCAUGCUGUCUCCACCGCCACGAAAACAGAAAAAGGGGCAGAGCCGGGUGCCAGUGAAAACCUCUGUGUGAAGAGUCGGUGGAAAGAUCUGGAUUUUAACUAUAUGGACCAAUGUAACGGUGGGUGUGUGCACGCGCUCGCGGCACCGGGCCUCUGCAUGGAGCCCAAAAACCAAAGUGUGGCAUGGAAUCUGAGCUCUGAAAGUUCAGAUGCCACAACAGCUUUAUUGAUAGGUGGCAAACUUUGCUGCUUUUGUUUUGUACUGUGAACUGUACUACUGAGCGAUGGGGGCGCUGUUCCGCAUACUGUAUGUGUGUGCUUUCCCUACCACAAAAAGUGUUUUUGAGUUUUAUUUUUACAAUAAUAAACAGGUGUGUUGAAAAAA